UUUUCAUGACGGAAAGGAAACGGGAAACUUGAAAGAGAAAAAGGAGAGAGAAAAUCGACGGUAUACGAAGGGCUCAAGAAGAGAGUCCUAGCCUAGGGUUUGUUCUAUCUUUUAACCCAAAUUCAUAAACCAGCUUUGGAAACAUACGCUGCGAGAACGUAAUACAACCCAAAUCGAAGGUAAAAAUCUCUGAUUAAAGAACAAGGUUUUCUUUAUUUGAGGUGGGUUUGUGGCUGUUUCUUUGUCAAUUAUGGAGGUACAGUCUUCAGGGAAACCAAUUGACCAGCUUCUGGAAAAGGUUCUUUGCAUGAAUAUUCUGUCAUCUGAUUACUUCAAGGAGCUUUAUCGAUUGAAAACUUACAAUGACAUAAUUGAUGAGAUCUAUGGAAAUGUUGAUCAUGUGGAACCAUGGAUGACUGGGAACUGUAGGGGUCCGUCUACUGCCUUUUGUCUUCUCUACAAGUUCUUCACUACGAAACUUACUGUUAAGCAAAUGCAUGGGCUGUUAAAUCAUCCGGAUUCUCCUUACAUAAGAGCUGUUGGAUUUCUCUACUUGAGGUAUGCUGCAGAUCCAAAGACUUUGUGGAAAUGGUUUGAGCCCUAUAUCAAAGAUGACCAGGAAUUCUCCCCUGGGUCAACUGGUCAUAUGACAACAAUGGGUAUUUAUAUACGAGACCUACUACUUGGACAGUACUAUUUCGAUACACUAUUUCCCCGCAUCCCUGUUCCGGUAUUGCGACAGAUUGUGGCCAACCUCGAGAAGUUGAAGCUCCCUACAAAACAUUGCGGUGCAACUGGAGACUCUACCCGAGGAUCUGACGAGACUUCCCGUAGACCGCCUUCAGUCAAAGCUGCCCUUUCGGUCUCAUUUGGUCAACGUGCCCCUCACCGCGCAUCAACUAGGGAUUCAUCACCUGUUCGUCGCACCUUGCCACCUUCCUCGUAUGAGAGAAAUGGUGGCGGUGAUGAUGAUUCUCGAAGAUCUCCACGUGAUCGCAGGAGCCAGAGUCGGGAGCUAACUGACCGAGAUCACUCGGGCAGGGACAGGAGAGGAGACCGGGACAGGGAGAGUGACCGUAGAGACAGAGACAGGGAGAGUGACCGGAGAGACCGUGACAGGGACAGUGACCGGAGAGACAGAGACAGGCGCAGGGACAGGGACAGGGAUUAUGAUAGAAGAUCGAGGGAUUAUAGGAAAAGCAGUUAUGAGGGUGAAAGAUCGAAUCGGGAGACUAGCCGACAUAGAAGUAGGAGCAGGAGUAGGAGCAGAAGUGAAAGUGUUAGAGCUUAUCAAGAUGAUGUGCCAGCUCGUGAAGACAGGACAUCGGCAUCUAGCAAUCUGGCAAAACUUAGAGAUCUUUAUGGCGAUCUGAACAAACAAAAGGAUGAUUCUUCAAAGGAUAGGAAUCCUGGUGGUAGGGAUAGUGGAGCUGAAGAAGUUAUCAGGCUUGGAGGCUCCACCUGGAAGUAGUAGUAGUGGUAAUAUUGUUGGUUGGCCUUCUAUUUUGCCCUGCCUGCCCCCAAGGUUAUAAACUCUCUUUUAGUUCUUUUUCUUCUUGAAAGUAAUUUCAUUUUUAAGGACAGACAGGCAAACAUUUGUAAUUUCAUAUUGGAUGAUGAUGAAUUUUAACAUGUAAUUUUGAAUUGUGAUAAAAUAUCCAUAUGAUGUAUACUAUGACUUUCUUUUUAUUUGGUA